AUGUCGAGAUAUAUCUAUGCCAAACUACAACCGGAGUCGACUAGAAAGCUUCUGUUACUUACUCCCGACAUUCUAGAAGCUAUAAAAAGUGGGCAAAAAAUCGAGUUUAAAGCUUUACAGGAAACUCAGCAAGUUGUGCUAUGUUCUGAAGAGAAGACUUGGUCUUUAAGACAAAAAAAUCAUUCUAAUACGGUGUUUUUAACGAGAGAGUUUUUACCAGAUGCAGACGAGGAGGGACCGGAGUUGAAUGACGCUGUGUCGCAUCAUCUUGGGUUUUCCCGACAGUCUUUCGAGCUAGAACCGAAAAUCAGCGCUGGAGAAAUCAAUGUAAAUCACUUGCCCAUAUAUGACGGAGAAAACCGAGAUUUGGUGAAAAGUUCUACAGUUGAAAAGUUGAUGGAAUCGUCUCCAUGCUCCAUGAAAGAGUUCCAAACGAAAUGGUAUGCGGCCGGAGGAUGUACCAUCAACGGUGCGGCGUGUUUGCUGACACACGGGUUUUUAUCAAGGGCAUUGCAUUUGACUAUAAUGAGUUGCAUGGCAGAAUCCAUUGAUCUGGACGAUUUGAAUGUGCGUGAGACCUUCGAGGCAGUAAGCAAGGACAUAAGCGAAGCAGGCGAAUUCAAUCCGUACACACAAGAAGUCAUCGAGACAGUGAUAGGGAAAUUUUGCCAGCAAGCACCAGAUGGGAAACGAUCGCUUGAUCGCAAAUCCGUAUCGAAAUGGUAUGGCAUAACCGCAUUGAAGAAAUUCGCCGCGAAGCAGCCUUUGAGUCAUGAAGAAUUCAUGAUUAAAUGGAAAUCUCAGUUUCCGCCCUAUUUUAACUGCAAUCUGGACAUCUCUCUGUUACAGGGCCAUUUCUUCCGGCCAUUAGCAUCCUCCAUACAUUAUCUUUCGAGAUCGACGCUGCCCGACGAUGUUAAGGACAGAUUUAAAUAUCUCUUCAAAAUCCAAUCGGUCUGGGACUUGGAAGACAUUCAACCUCUAAUUGAAGAUUUGAAUACAUCGGGGCUUAAAAUCGACAGCUUCGUAAUGAAAUUCGCUCGACGCAAACGGCAAGGUAAACGUACAAUUGUAACGAGCCGAUAA